AUGAGAACCUCAUUAUAUGCGGACGACCUGGCGCUCUUUGUCAACCCUUCGCAGGAUGAUAUGAGGAUGGUGAGACACAUUCUGGACAUCUUCCAAAAGGUAACAGGUCUGUGGACUAAUUUCGCAAAGAGUGUUGCCUUGCCAAUACGUUGCGAUGAAGUGGACCUGGAGCAUGUGCUGCUGCCGCUGGGCGUGCCCACGGGCACGUUCCCCUGUACCUUCCUCGGGGUGACUCUAUCCAUUAGAAAACUUCAGAAGAUUCACUACAUCAACAUAAUGACCAAGCUCGAUUCCAGGAUGGCUGAGGGGCGCGGAGGUCCUCCCGAACUCCGGAAGUCGCGGAGAAAAGAAAAAAGAAAAACGCCACACCCUAGCCCACUCGUCCACCUCCUCCUCCCCGACCCCGAUCCAGCGGCGUCGAGCUCUCGCCCCCUGCCACAACCGCCGCGCCGCCGGCCCGCUUCCGACCACCGCCGCGGCACCAUCCCACCUGACGCGCCGUCGUCCCGGCUCCUCACCGCCUCCCCUCGACGCGCCUCCAUCCACUUGCCCCAUCCACCCACUACCCCGCGCAGCGGCGUGCACCACGACCCCCGCAACCCACCCCCGCCGGCGUUGGCCAGCUCCCACCCGCACCGCUGCCUGCAACCAUCCGAACCCCAGCUGUCCGCAGCCCUGAACUUCCUCUCGGACCCUCCCGAUCUGUGCCACUUGCGUCGCCGUGUCGCAGCACAUCCCAGCCCGCGCGACCUGCGCCGGUGCGCGUCGCCGCACCUCCUGCCGUCGCUCCAUCAUCACACGUCCUCCCUAGCCACCGUGUGGCCCCGCGCCACCAGCAAUCCACCUUCCCUCACACCGGACUGGAUCUGGCGAGGUCAACGCUCCCUGACGCGCCUCCACUGCCGCCAACCACCACUCGCCUCCGUCGAUUUGGCUGCUACCUCCCGCCGCCAGCCUUCAUCCCCUCGUGGCUGUCUCCGGCGAGGCUCCCCCGCCACCAACACUGCCCCUCCUAGCUUCUCCCCUGUCUCCUUCCAUCUUCCGCUGCGCGUGAUGGACGCCGUGCCGCAGUGUCCAGGACAUUCAACUUCGCCGCCUCACGCCAUGCAACUUCGCCGCGUCUUGCAACUUGCUCCGCUUCGAGGCGCCAUGCUUGUGGCAGUGGCCUCAUUUGAUGUCUGAAGUUGGAUCCUUCCAACCUAUCUUAAAAACGGUAUCCAAGUCAAAGCGUCAUUUCCUUCCCCCUUUCCUGUUUUGUAUUGUUCUGAAUUUGAUGUCUGAAGUUCAGCUGUAUUGUCCCUCCUGUCCAGUUUGUGUAUCUGCUCCAUAUUUUGUACUGCUGUAGGUUGCAGCACCUGUCGUCAAAAUCCGAACUUAGCCCCAUGUCGUGUGCCAAAUCAUGUAGCUGACCAUGAAGCUUUGCCUCCCUGCUACAUCUACAUCGGCAAUUUGGCAUGAAAUUCAACAACUUUAGCUAGAGUUUAGAUAAUCGAAUGACAGAAGUUGCUCUAGAAACUAGAGUAGUAUACUGCAGGCUUCAGAAUGUAGAUAACCGAAUGUUCAUACAGUCAAACCUAUAAGUAUACUUCAGAGUCAGAGUGUAGGUUAUAUGAAGAUAUUCAAAAGUUCACUAUAUGGAGAUAUUUAGAAGUAUUAUUACUAAAAAGAUUAGUGUGUUUGGUGCGUGUGUGCUGAGUGUGAUGUCUCUUGUGUGUGGGCGCUCACUAUAUGGGUGUUCGUGUGUUCUGAUGAGUAUUGCGAGCUCAUAUAUGUGCGCUCUGUUUUUUCUUACCAUUCAUGUGUGCGCUCCGGUGUGUGAGCUUUGGCUUCUGAAAAAUGCAUUCUGAAGAAACUAGUGCUACUGUUAGUUGAGCAUCCAUAUAUUCCUUCAGCUCAGUAAAAUAGUUGGUCUACAAACUGGUGCUACUGUUAGUUACUUUUACACAAUUCUUUAGUAGUUGGUUAGCCUAAAUCAGUAGGUAUCGAGCUCAAAGAUUGUGAAACUGAAACUCUGCACACUAGUCUAGCAGACAACAAGAGAUGCUCUAACUGAAAAUCUGAAACUCGAUUGUGUCGCGAGUGCCUAACCAUGUUCAUCGAUGCAGCUCUGAUCACAGCCUCUUUAUUUUUCCUUGUGAAAUCAAUGCAGGUGUGGCCAUCCGGUCGCGAGAGAUGUGUGGAGCGCUGCAGUCCGCUCGUCGUUGACCCCGUGUUUGCAAACGACCGAGAUUAUUGUUGCAUGUGGACUGCAGCGACGACCGAAUCCGACCUUCACCAGCAUCACCAUUCUUCCUUCUCCUGUUCACCAACGUGCACCGCCAUUCGCUUGUGACGUUCCACCCGCUAAUGUAAAAGACAAAAAGAUUUGUACAGGAGAUGUUAAUGUAGUACUGCUCAUGGGCAAAAGUUUAUCAAAGUUCUCGCAAAAAAGUUUUUAUGUAAAAAGUAUAGAAAUUCAUGGAAGUUCGAUUUGUGUA